UAAAAAAUAAUUAAUAAAAUAAAAAUCUAAAAGAAAAUAGAACUUUAAAACAAAGAAAAAAAAACUAAAAACAAAUACACAUCAAUGCUUAAUUUAGUUACUGUUAGUAGACCUUAGUUGGUGGAGAGUCAACAUCUUACACAAACUUACAAUCCUAUAGCUCAAUAAACUGUUCCUGUAAUGUAGUUUGUCACUAGUAGCCCUCAAAUAAUUCCAGUUUCUUAACAAGUUCUACCUAUUUAGAAUAACUUUAAUGAUUAGAACUUUUUGAACCAAUCUAGAAGUACAGCAAUAAGCACUAGCAGAGUUAAUUACUAAAAUGAAACUCCAAGAAACGUAACCUUCUGUGUACCUGCUUAAAGUGCUAAUAAUUCAUCAUUCAUAGCUCAAAGUAUGAAUUAGAAUUAAUUUGAAAGCAACCCAUUUAAUUCUUAAAGAAUUGUGAUUAGAAAUGAUGUCAGUCCUUAAAGAGUGAUUUACUAGACUAAUCAAGAUAUGUCAGCAUAUUAGAAUAAUUACAACUAUCAACAUCAUGAUAAUUAACAAUUUAACUAGUAAAAUGGAUAUUCAAAAAUAAGAUCCAAUUCUCAUAAUUUUGCUAAGGGUUUCCCUAACUAAAAUAAUCAAUAUGACAGCUAUUCUCCAAGAUAGUCUAAUAGUGGUUUCAAUACUCCAACAAGAAGAAGAGACAAUCAUUUAAGCUUCUCAUAGCUACAAGAAAGGAUGAACAACGAAGAAAAUGAAAAGUGUCAAGAUAGGUAAUACUCUUAAGAAAGAGUGAGAUUACAUACAUACUCUAAUGAUAAUUAAAACUUUGACCCAAAAGAAAAGAACCUAAAAAAGAAAGUAGAAGUUUUAGAGCUUUAAAGAAGCUUAAUAGAUGAUCAGCUAAAAUUCAAAGAAUAAAUGCUGGAAAAUGUGUCUCAUGAGCAUAGUUAAUGCUACACAAGAAUUAGAUAGUUAGAAUAAACUUUGGUUUAAGUCAUGUAAGAAAAAGAAGAAAACGAGCAAAAGCUUAGAAAUGACUUAAAUCAAUUAAAGAUGGUCAUCUAAAACCUAUAAGAACAAAAUAAUAAUUACGUACAAUAAAUUCUUUAAAAGAAUUAGAUUUAGUGA